AGCUGCUUGACUUUUCGUUCAUAUGCAACGGAUGAAUGGAUGUUGUCAUUGGAUCAACAGUCUGAAGAUCACGAGCGGAUGCAGCUGAAAUCAGACGAUGGAUUCGCGAUCUGCGACGUGGAAAACAACCGAUGGAUACAGGGUGAUGUGCACAUUUGGGGCUCCAGUCUUCUGAGAACUGAAGAAGAAGAAACCCUCUAUCUGGACUGUCGAUAUAAAGUCAUGAUGUUUGAUGCAGUGUGUAAAUGAACUCAACAUGACGUGUUUUGUCUUUAAUGUUGAAUUCAGGACACUUUCCGUGAGUGCAACUGAAAUAUUCCUGUAGUGACUGCAGUGUUGAUGUUGAUUGUCAGUUCAGGAGGAAUGCGCGCCUCUUUCAGACUCUUCUUCUCGUGGCUUCUGCUCGUGUGUCAGGCAGAGCUUCAGUGGUCUUGCUCACAGCAUGGCAUAAACAGGGGAGGUGAGGAUUGCCAGCUGUUGUGCCGCUGCAGGAUGUACCCUCCUCUUCCUCCUCCACCUCCCCCUCCUCCUCCACCACGGGCUCUGGUCGUGACGGCGACUGAGUCUUCUGGUCCAGUGUUGAGCUCCUGGUGGACGUACAUCUUUGUGUUUGGGACGAUAGGAAGUGCUUUGGCUCUCCUUCUUUUGUUAAUGUCCAUAAUCUGCUACAAGGCCAUAAAAAGGAAACCCCUGAAGAAAGAGAAGAACAGUGCCAGUUGUGGAGAAUACGCCAUGAGCUCCUUCAAAACCACCAAAAAUGCUGCGACUAAUAAUGCAGUAGUAUAACACACUCACGGGUCAAGAUUAAUGACAGCGGUCAUUUGUGUAUGUGUGUGUGUGUUUGUGUGUGUGUGUGUGUGUGUGUGUGUGAGUGAGUGAAAGUG